AUGCAAGGGAUUGCGCAUGUGAAUGGAGUUAGUAGGCGUGAGCUUAAUGACUCUAGUCACUAUGCAAAUCUUUUGCUUAUUAACCGAACCGCAAGUCCUCUCGCAUGGUUUGUUGAAUGUAAGGAUAGGAUUAAUCGUAGCAACGUCAUGCUUCCUUAUUCUUUUCUCCCUAGUAUGGCAGCACCAAGAUUGAGAAAUGCUGCAGAAAAGAUAAAAGCACAACUCAGUGACUACGAUGCAAUCCAUGUUCGUCGAGGUGACAAACUGAAAACAAGAAAAGACAGGUUUCGUGUUGAAAGAACUCAGUUUCCACACUUAGACAGAGACACACGUCCAGAGUUUAUCAUGAGGAGGAUACAGAAGCAGAUUCCACCAGGGAGAACUCUUUAUAUCGGUUCUAAUGAGAGAACCUCUGGAUUCUUCUCGCCUCUCUGCCAGGUACAAAGUGGUUUAUUCAUCGAAUUUCAGUGA